AUGAAUCCAAAAAUAUUGCAAAAAAGUAAAGGCAGAGGCACAGAUGGUCAUCUUCUUGAAUGUGUCUGGCAAAUGGAAUUUUACCAUGCCUCAAUGCAGAUUUUACCUGAAGAUACUUAUGCUUCUAAAAAAUGGGAAAUUGAACUAUUAAGAGAUGGAGAUAGACAGUUAGAACAUCAACAAAGGUUUGAAGAAGGUGGUAUAUAUGUCCCUAUUCUUAAACAUGCAGAUAAGUGGGCACUUAUUGAUAUUCAUAAUAGUGGAAUGGAUGCUUCAGAGCCAGAACAACAUAAAAAGCAUGAUAUAUAUAUUCUCUGCACUGAAAACUUUGAAUCUGUUCAAUUGAUAUAUCCUGAUGGAUCUGAAGAAUCUGUUCAAUUGUUAGGUGAAGAAGAAGAUUUGCUUGGAUAUGAUAUCUUGGACUUUUUAAAUGAUCCAAUGGAAACUAAUUAA